AUGAACCCACAAUGUUCUAAAUGUAAAGCAGCAAUGAGGAAAUAUAACUAUUCUGUCAAAGAGAUAGAACGUAUGCGAAACGACUAUGCUGACUUAAAGAAAGAAGCAGAGAAACCAGCAGAAGAUAAAAUGGACAUGUUGACAUUUCUGAACAAAAACUAUCCAACUGCUGACGAUUUCCUUCUAUCUGACGUCAAGAAGAAAUAUAAAGAAACAUUCGGCAUUGUUAAAACAUUCGAUGUACUGACAGAAGAAAUAGAAGCUACAAAACUGUUUAGAAUUUCACGAAUUCACAAUGUUUACCAUGUAAAACGCUUGUGA